AAAGAUUGAAAGUUGCGUUACUAUCAGGCAUAUCUAAGAACAUAUAAAAACACGGGUCCUUGGUUGAAGGACCUCUCGGGGAAGUAAACAGAAAUGGUUGCUAGCGUUAAUUAAGAUAACAUCAAUUUUAGUCCAAUUAAUUUUAUUACAGCGUGUGAGUUACAAGGACGCGAUGGCAGAGGACAACGAACUGGAAAAGCGUGCGGUGGAGGAGCUUCUGAAGGAGACGGACAGAGCGCGAGUGAGAGCGGAGACCAUGGGCCCCGCAGGAUGGUUAAAGUGUCCCCUGAGAAGCACCAACAAGCGCUUCCUGCUCAACACGCUGCGCUCCACCAACCUUCAGCGGCGCAGCGGAGACUCACGGGACGGACACUCGAGGACGAGAAGCAAGUCCCCGGAGAGGAGCCGCCAUCGCAGCAGAACACCUCCCAGAGACCACCACCACACAGACCAUACACACCAUCACAAAGAGAAGAAGCAGGACCGAGACAAAGAGAGGAGCCACAAAGACAACAGGGACCAGAGACGUGGGAGGGACGGACACAACAGAGACAAAGACAGGCUUCAUGAAUAAAGACUGUGAUUUGACACUAACUGCACAAAGGUGAACACUGAACACCUCAGAGCUGCUGGCAGACCAAAAGACCUCUGUUUACCCGUUUGAAGAGACUUGAAUUUAAGUUUGCAUUCCUGCGAAUGGAAAAUGUUCUCUCUUGUUAGUUUACCGACUGUUCACUUUUAAAAUUAACCAUUUUGUAGUUCAUGAGGUUAAAUUGAUGACUCAUAAAGCCAGCAACAUAUCGUUUUUACUGUUCUUCCACCCCAUAUUUUCCACAAAAAAAGAGUUAAUAAAAUAUCAAGAGGCCGUUACAGCCCAGCACUUUUCACAAAACAGUUUAUUUCCCUCCCCGCUCACAUGACUCGUAGUUUGGUGUUAUUGCGUUUCACCUACAGCCGGGGAGGUUUGAUUUCUAUUAUAAUGUCAUUACCAUUCUUCUGUCAUUAUCCACAGGUCAUAAUGUUUACAUAAGCCGUGCUGCUGUCGCCACUGGGUAAGCACAUUUUAUCGCAUGUCAAACUUUUUGGACAUGUUGACACCGGCUAUCAGAAACGGUUUUGUUUGUCAAAGGAGAAAAGAAGUUGUGUUUUCCUGACACUCCUACAUGUGUCCUGUUGAACAAGCGGUGGAUUAAUAGUGAUUUAAUAAGGCUGUAAUAACGGUAACUUCACUAUAAUACUAAUAAUGCGGCGAUUAAACGUCCAUGUGUUUGAGUGGGGUCAUUGCGGUUUCAGGACAGCAGAUGGACAUGAACUCAAGCUUGAAAGAGAUGCUGUUUGUAUCUUCCCUAUGGCGUGUCUCCAUGUGCUUUUAUAACAGCGUUUUAUAAACUAGGCAACAGCCAUUCUCUGUGUUCAUGAUUACCCAUGGAUGUCUUAUAUCUACAUGUAAGCUGCAUUACUCCUCGCUAAAGCCAUUACUCCAAAUUCUGUGUCUGGAAAAAGUCAACUAACAUGCGUUUAACAUCCUCAUGCUUCAUAAAUCACAUUGUCCACCUCCAGUGUAGUGGAGAGCAGCUCGGGUUAACUGUUUCCUUCCUCUUUAGAACAAUGAUCAAAUAUAAACACCAUUAAGGCAUAGUGCAGGGGGUGAUUUGUAUAGAAUUGGUUUACUUGAACUUUAUUGCAUCGCUGAGUGCCCCAUUAA